AUGGAGGAAGAUACUCAGCGGUUCUGCAGCCUUGUCCUACCUGAGGACCCCUACUACUGCCGCAGUGGAUUAUUUCAGAUCUGCUUGGACCUUCAGGCCGGCGAGCUGCAUUUCGAUCAACCGUAUCAUCCGAGUCUGUGUGGGAUCAUCCUCUCCCAAUGUUGGCCCAAAGCUCGAUCUAGUUUAGUGGGCAUAACGUAUGCACGUGGUCAAUGA